CAAGGUCGCAUCUUCCUAACACUUACGGAGUAGUACGAUGGAUGAUAAAUGUGAGUCGUAACAUCUUGUCAGCCUUGCAUUGGUCAUUUUAAGCCUAGCUUCAUGAGGUUGUUACCGGAUAACUCAACCCAGCUUUUGAACAAGGGGGGAAGAAUGAACAAUGGGCGUUCCCAAGCUGGUAGAACAGUUAUGCGUGGCAUUAUGGUAAACCAUCCGAUCCGGAAUUGGAAAUGUCCUGGUGGCCGGCCAUCUGUACACUGUGUAUACCUGUCGAACGAACCUGUCCAGCAUUUGAGUGUCGAUCUCAAGGGCAAAAAGUAUUUCCUUGCUUGCUACGAAAGAGAAGGGCGAACGGGGCAGGCAAAUGUGUACCUGAUGUGUGGCUGUGGUGAUGGAAACCCCCUUCCUCCCCCCCGGGGCUCGGUUAGAGCAAACGAAGCCCAGGAACCACGUCAGUGAACAAGCCCCGAUAAAUACGGAAGAUUGUCAACCAUACAACAGGUUCAACCACGUUGUGAACUCCAUGAUGCAGGUUUUACCUACCAGGUACCCAAGGUACUGGGCCACCACGACGGAUAUGUGUAGAGAGGGGGUUUUACAUAAUUAGGGCAAAGUUCCUACAUGUUCAUGCAGCUUUGUUUUUUAAGGUAUCUUUCUUCAG